AUGGAAGCUUCGACAGCCGAGCCAGCCGAGCCCCGAGAGUGUCGUGAAUCCGACCAAGACUGGGAGAGUCGGGGCAAGCUCAUCCAUGACUACCUCGAGAAGAACUCCCCACAGUUCGUCAAAGUCCGCGACUUGCGCAAGAAGGGAUGGGAGAACCCAGCCGGAGACACCUUCUUCAAGAAGCAGCGCAGUGCUGCCGACAACGCCGACAAUCGCGUAUGCCAGAUAUUCUUCAAGGUGAUGAAGAAGAUCGCCUCUGAGAUCCACACUGCCACCGGCGCUUUUGAUAUCUCCAGAGCGGGCAUUGGCAAGGGUCGCAUUCUCGACAUGUGCAUGGCUCCAGGCGGCUUUCUCGACGUAGCCCUGGACAUGAACUGGAAGUCGCGCGCCAUUGGCUUCAGUCUUCCCCACAAGGAAGGAGGUCACAAGCUUUGUCUCCAAAAAACCCCAUACCUCGAUCAGAGAUGGGUGGACAUCACCAUGUUCGCCGCAGACAUGGGCAAGACCGACAUUCCGUCCGACCAUCCCGAUUUCAGCAAGUUCUACACGGAGUGUCAGCUAACGGCUGAGGACGUGUUCGAACUCGCCUUCUGCGAUGGUCAGGUCCUGCGCACUCAAGACCGGUCCGACUACCGCGACAAGCACAAUUCCGAAUCUCGCAGACUUGCUUCCGCGCAGCUGGCUCUCAGCCUACAGCAUCUACGUCCAGGAGGAACCAUGAUCAUUUUGCUGCAUAAACCCGAGGCGUGGAGGACCAUUCUUCAGCUCCGCUUGUUCAAUAAGUUCUCCAACAUCUUCGUGAAGAAGUCGUGCACGAGUCACAAGAAGCGAUCAUCCUUCUACUUGAUUGCUACCCAUGUCCAGAGCAAGCACCCCGCUGCCAUCGAGGCAAUUGCCUCUUGGAAGAAGACGUGGGAUGAUCUCACAUUCAGCAUGGAGGACGGUGCGAGUGAUACCUUGAGCGAGGAGGAGCCUAGUGUGGAGGAGGUCCUGGAGGACUUUGGUGAGCAGCUUGUGCGUCUAGGUCGGAGUGUUUGGCAUAUACAGGGACAAGCUCUCGAGAAGGCGCCUUUCAUUGAGGGCAAGUAG